GAGCAGCUCAGUAACUGCGCGAAACUCGCGGUAGACACGCAGCAGCGCAGUAUUCAGUAUACUAAACGCGACCGUGCCACGCGCAGUGUGUCGUUCUCUCUCUCUCUUUCUCUUCUCUCUCUCUUUCUUUCUCUCUCUCUCUCUCUUUCUGUCUCUCUCUCUCUCUCUCUCUCUCUCUCUCUGUCUCUCUCUGUCUCUGUCUCUCUAUUCGUGCGCAACUCUCUCGCAAAGCCGAGCCGACACCUGCACCUUUGUGUACUUUCUCUCUAUACCAGCGCUGUGCAGAUGCUCGCCGUGCAUCCGUCGUUGCUCAUCUGAACCUCCAGUUACUCCACGCUCGCGCAUCUUCUCGCAGCUUGCAGAGUUGACAGAGCCAACUCGCCGAAAAGCAAAGUUGCAGGAUCCUCCUGGCUACCUUCGGAGUCCCGGUGUGCAGUCGGCGAGACGAGGAGGAACAUUGCAAAAUGAGGAAUUCCACUCUGCUGAAGUGGGCACAAAACUCGACGAACAAUAAAAAUGCGCCGACUAAAAGCGGAGUAUCUCGGCAGUACCGAAGUCGACCAACCGAAAGGCAUCGAAGUCGUCAAGGAUGCAAUCUGUAAGCUUAAGUUUAAUCAGCAGAUCAAGAAGAGCGAGGGGUCGAAGACGCCCAAAGUCGAGUUGACCAUCAGCAUCGAUGGCGUUGCCAUUCAGGAACCAAAAACCAAGACCACUCAGAAGCGAAUAAUGCACCAGUACCCGCUGCACCGGAUCUCUUAUUGCGCGGACGACAAAGGCGAGAAGAAGUUUUUCAGUUUCAUAGCCAAAGAAGAAGACGCCGAGCGGCACACGUGCUUCGUGUUUGUGAGCGACAAACUCGCCGAGGAGAUCACACUGACGAUUGGCCAAGCAUUCGACCUCGCUUACAGGCGCUUCCUUGAGACAUCCGGCAAGGAUCUCGAGGCCCAAAGACGCGCCAUGGUUCUGCAACAGAAGAUCAAGCGCCUCGAGCACGAGAACAAUGUCUACCGGCAACGUCUUCAGGACAUCGCCACCAUCAAAGGAUCCGCUGAUAUAGGAGCGUACCUUACGCAACAUGACAUCCCCGAUAUUCUCUAUGUUCCUGACACUUCUUCGUCCUCGGCCGUAAGCACAGCUGCGAAAGACAGCAUUCCUCGAGUCAAUGGCAGUGCGUCCAAACUCUUCAUCAAUUCGGCUGCCGACACUAAUGGAAAUGCUUCGAAUGGUACACAACAACCGCCACCAGUUCCUCCGAGGAGCUUUGAAAAAUCUUUCGAUGACAAUUUCAUGGGAAGUGAAUCUCCAUCCCCCCAGAAUUUGUCGACCGAUUCCAAAGGAGAGGGUCUUCUGAUCGAUGAAUUUGAUGAAGAUGACUUCAAUCCACGUGCCUUCGAGAAUACCUCCAAUGGAAUUUCAAACCACUUAUCGAAUAACAACUCCACCAAUGGCCAAAUCACUGCUGGUGCUAUCUUCACUCAAACAAAUGGAAUCAACUCUCCACCGCUGUUGGCUCCUCCACCCAAGGCCAAGGAUUCAAGACGACAAAACGGAGUGAAAGAGGAUUUGUUUGGAAGUGUGCAUUUUAAUCCAGCUCCAAAUGCGAAUAAAAAUGAUACGAAAGAUCCAUUCGAAAUGGGUGAGUUUGGUAAUUCUUCAGUUCACUCACCUACCCAUCAAGAUCUUGAAAAUGCCAUUGGUCUGCUGGACAAAAGAUUAUCAGAGAUGAAGGAUGGGUUUAGUCGAGGUCUGUUGAUCGGAACUGACGACUUUUCCCUUGAAAGUUUGGAUCCAUUGCGAAAUUGAUCGAAGAGGCAUAGUAGAGUUGCGAAGAAAGCUAAAUGCAAUGUGAUAAGCGAGAGAGGUUUAAGAGAGUAACGGAGCUUGGCCAUCCGGAGCACUGCGUGCUAUUACAACGUGAAGGUUGCGAGCAUCGGGUGAUAACCAAUUGGAUGAUGAUAGGUUGCGUAUGUGGAAAAAUGGUCGAAACAAAAGAAAUUAGUCAAUUUAUCUUUAACGCUAAACGUGUAUUUAUGAUCGUGCAAGUCCGAUAUUUAUGAUAUAACUUUCUAUAUCGUCUCUUAUUUUGUUUAUUAACUCAAUGUUAUUUUCUUGAUUCGAUAUCAUACAUAUUAUUUCAGUUCGAAUGAACGAUGUGUAAAUGACAGAGAAUAUUGAAAUUAACGCUAUUUAGAAACUGCUUAUUCGUGUCCUUGUUAAACUACAAAUAACGCUUGUUCGAUUUUGAGAAACGUCAUUCAAUAGUCGAUAUAUAGAAACGAAUACCUAGGAUACUACGGCUCUAAUCUGCUUAAUUAUAAAAAGGACAAUAAUUGAGCGAUUUCGUAGAUUUAUACCCACACAAAAAAUUUUAAUCGUCAAUUUAAUAUUUUCCCUAUACAAGUUUGGUGAUCGCAGUCAGCCAGUUUAGAUUAGUCGUUUUAUUAGAAAAAGUCAGCAAUGCUCAAGUUUUGUUCAGGUAAUACGUUCUUUUUAUUAUUUUUACUUUUACGCAUUAUAAGCAUCUAUUUUGGACUAAAAUUGUAUCUGAUAGCGUCAAUGUAGCAUUAAAUUUAAACGUAAGAAAAGAGGUUUCUAAUAUAUAUUUAAUUAGUAUAGCGAUAUUCAUGUGUACGUUUAUCGUCUAUACGAGAGAUUACGCGACCGCAGGCUGUGCGCGUUUCUGGCGAAAAAUGAAAGAUUCACAAACACUUUAUUCAAAUCCAUAGUUGUAUAAUUUUAUAAUGUUUUCAUAAAAAAAAAUUGUAACUUGAAUCUCUUAAAAGUAGAUUAUUUGUUAUCAAUAGCAUAUAUUUUAAAUCAAUUUCAAUAAGUACAUUUAUCUGACAAUUUUUAACACGAUAAUUAAAAUACAAUUUAGUUACUUUGCUCUUAAAUUGUGAAAAAACAAAGUUUGAUAUUUGGACAAUAAUUUUAUACCUGAUUUAUGAUUAAACAAUGUCAUUUGCUUGCUCUUUUAAAUAAAAUCUGUAGUUAACUAUGAAUCAUCUUCAAAAAAUAUUUUCGAAUAAUCUUUAAGAUUUUGUAAAUAAAAUUUCGUUCUACAGUAUACCCAUUUAAAACCUUUCGUCGGAAGAAAUAAAAGUUGAGAAGCAGAAGGUUUUUGCUAAUAUUGACACUAAUAUCUUUUUAAUUUGAUCUUCCAUUUUUUCCUUUUCAAAGCUUAGAAGUAGUGCAGAUCUUAUUCUUUUCAUUAAUUACAUUUUAAUAUCUUGCUUCGAACAUAAAAUGUCUUUAAAGUAUAAGAUUGUUAUUUUACAAAACUGAUGAUAAGAAAAAUUAUUUUUAAACAUUAUAUUAUGAAAUACGUUUGUGUAUAUUAUAAAUAUAUGUAAAUGAAUAAGUGAAUAAUUAGAAUUACUGUUUAGAAAUCAUAAAAUAAUGCGUCUAUAAUAUACUGAUCAAGAAACUAAUUAUGUACAUAUAAAAUCUUUACAUUUGUUGCUAUAGUAUUUAAGUAUUAUAUAUUCAUGAUGAAAUAUACAACAUGAUUAUUUAAACAACAUCUCCUUAUUAGCUGCAUUUCUGCUGAUGAGCCUGCUUACGAAACUAAUUGUUAAAACAUUAUGAGUCAUAAAACAGCUCGUACCAAUUUCUCUAGAUAUUCUGUGAGCUUUGAAUGUAUGCUAGCUGCUGGACAGACUUUU